AUGGACAACUACAAACCAGCGCCUACCCCAUUCUCCGUUCACUUCAAAUCCACUACAGACAGCCAUAUACCCUUCACUGAUCCACUCUUAUAUUGCAAGAUAAUAGGGUCGCUCCAAUACCUCACCAUUACAUGCCCAGACAUAGCUUUUACCACAAAUUUUCUCUGUCAAUCCAUGCAUCAACCUCUCAACAUUCACUUCCAAAAACUUAAACGUCUCCUACGCUAUAUCAAAGGAACAACAGCCUAUGGACUACCGAUUCCUCAUGGAGAUCUCAUUCUCCGCUCCUACUCUGAUGUUGAUUGGGCGUCAGAUUCAUCAGACCGUAAGUCCACCACUGGAUACUGUUCCUAUCUUGGAAACACCCUCAUCUCCUGGAGUGUCAAGAAACAACCAAUAGUUGCUAAAUAA